UCCACGCAGGUAUGGGAGUCUCGUCAACAUGUUGACGAAAUACUUGUUUCUUGUCUUAUCCAAUCUAAACAAAGGGCCAGCUGAGGAGCAGCGAAUUUGACUGAGCUCUGAUUACAGGCUGUUUCGGAUCUUGGCAUCUUUGGUCCAUUAGGAACAUGGAUCUCGCACCACCGUUGAGCUCUGGCUGUAACGUGACGGAAGCACUCUGGGGCGAUCUGGGACUGCUGGUGAAAGAAGAAGAUAUAAAAGAGGAGGAAUAUGGUCAUAUGAUUGCAUGUCCAGAUGAAGAAGAAGAAAAGCCCUUUGCAGAGCUUCACUGUAAAACUGAAACGGACGUCACAGACUCUAACUAUGAAUCACUACAGACAACAGUGAAGAUGGAAGUGAAGAUAGAAGAGGAUGAGCACGAUUAUCUGCUGGAAAGCGUAUCAGAACAUCCACAUGUAAUGGCACAGAAGAUCCAUGGACAGAGUGAUGAACUCAACCUGCAACUGAAGGGAGGUCUGCACCACUGCUCGGUCUGCAAGAAGACUUUCAUGACCCUGAGAGAACUUGAGAAACACCAGCAAACACACUCAGUUUGGGUGAAUGAAAACAGGUCUCACAAAAAAACACAUACAUAUUCUCAUUGUGAAAAAGCAUUCACAACACCCUCACUAGUUAACCACCACUUGCUUACACACACUGGAGAGAAGUCUCAUAAAUGUGCCCAGUGUGGAAAUGCUUUUAUAACCUCCACAGAUCUCAAACACCACAUGCUUGCACACACUGGAGAGAAGCCUCGUAAAUGUUUGAAGUGUGGAAAAGGGUUUUCACACAGCUCAAGUCUUUCUCGCCACAUGCUUGUACACAAAGGAGAGAAGUCUCAUAAAAGGUAUCAUAAAUGUUCCCAGUGUGGAAUAUCAUUUACAACAUCCCAAGAUCUUCAAAACCACAUGCUUACACACUCUGAGGAGAAGCCUCAUAAAUGUACCCAGUGUGGAAAAACUUUUUCACAAAUUUCAAAUCUUUACACCCACAUGCGAAUACACACUGGAGAGAAGCCUCAUAAAUGUACCCAGUGUGGAAAAGCUUUUAUAACCUCCACAGAUGUCAAACGCCACAUGCUUAUACAUACGAGAGAAAAGCCUUAUGAAUGUGUCCAGUGUGGAAAUGCUUUUUCACAACUGUCAACUCUUAGGAGCCAUAUGCUAAGACACCGUACAGGGAAGCCUCAUGAAUGUGCCCAGUGUGGAAAAGUAUUUAUAACCUCUACAGAUCUCAAAUUCCACAUGUUUACACAUACUGGAGAAAAGCCUUAUGAAUGUGUCCAGUGUGGAAAAGCUUUUUUACAAAUGUCAUCUCUUAAGAGCCAUAUGCUAAGACACCGUACAGGGAAGCCUCACAAAUGUGCCCAGUGUGGAAGAGCAUUUGACAGAUCUACAGAUCUUAAACGCCACAUGCUUAGACAUACUGGAGAGAAGGCUCAUAUAUGUGCCCAAUGUGGAAAAGUCUUUUCUAAUGGUUCAGCUCUUAAAACCCACGUGCUUACGCACACCGGAGAGAAGCCUCAUAAAUGUGCCCAAUGCGGAAAAGCUUUUUCACAAAUUUCAAAUCUUAAAACCCACAUGAGAGUACACACUAGAGAGAAGCCUCAUGAAUGUGCCCAGUGUGGAAAAGGUUUUUCACACUUCUCAACUCUUAAAAAGCACAUGCUCAUACAUACUGGAGAGAAGCCUCAUAAAUGUGCCCAGUGUGGAAAAGCAUUUAUAACCAUCACAGAUCUCAAUCGCCACAUGCUUACACAUACUGGAGAAAAGCCUUACAAAUGUGUUCAGUGUGGAAAAGCUUUUUCACAAAUGUCAACUCUUAAAUGCCAUAUGCUAAGACACCCUACAGAGAAGCCUCACAAAUGUGCCCAGUGUGGAAAAGCUUUUACACGCUUGUCAACUCUUAAAAAACACAUGCUCAGACACACUAGAGAGAAGCCUCACAAAUGUGCCCAAUGUGGAAAAAUCUUUUCUAAUGGUUCAGCUCUUAAAACCCACGUGCUUACGCACACAGGAGAGAAGCCUCAUAAAUGUGUCCAGUGUGGAAAAGCUUUUUCACAAAUUUCAAGUCUUAAAACCCACAUGAGAGUACACACUAGAGAGAAGCCUCAUGAAUGUGCCCAGUGUGGGAGAGGUUUUUCACACUUCUCAACUCUUAAAAAACACAUGCUCAUACAUACUGGAGAGAAGCCUCAUAAAUGUGCCCAGUGUGAAAAAGCAUUUAUAACCAUCACAGAUCUGAAUCGCCACAUGCUUACACAUACUGGAGAAAAGCCUUAUAAAUGUGUCCGGUGCGGAAAAGCUUUUUCACAAAUGUCAACUCUUAGAAGCCACAUGCUCAUGCACACUGGAGAGAAGCCUCAUGAAUGUGCCCAGUGUGGAAAAGGUUUUUCACGCUUCUCAACUCUUAAAAAUCACAUGCUAACUCACACUGGAGAGAAGGCUCAUAAAUGUGUCCAGUGUGAUAAAGCUUUUACAACAACCCGUGAUCUUCAACACCACAUGCUUACACACACUAGAGAGAAGCCUCAUAAAUGUGUCCAAUGUGGAAAAGCUUUUACACGAAAUUCAACCCUUAAAACCCAUUAUGCUAAUACACACUGGAGAGAAGCCUCAUGAGUGUAGAAAAGUAUUUGACAGGUCCACAGAUAUUCUACUCUAGCAGGAGCAUAACUUGUUAUGAUUAUCGUUAUCGUUAUCAUUUGGUGUGAAUGGGCCUUCACUCGG